AAAGGCAGCAAACCAAAACCAUGCUAAACAGAUUCACUCGGCUGUCAUAUCUUCUGUGGCUCAGGAAUUGGAGCAGGUGGAAGAUGUAUGGAGGGGAGAAGUCCAGGACCUGCUGUCUCAGAUCACUCAGCUUCAGGCAGAGAACAAGAGGCUGCUGGUGAGCCUCUCGCUGAAAGAGUCCCCCGUCACAGAGGAGGACCUACAGAAACACGAAGCACAAACGUCUGAGAAAGAAAGCCAAGUGAUACAGAAGCUAAAAGACCUGGCGGAUAAACAGAGAGACGAAAUCCGUGCGAAAGACCACGAGCUAACGCUAAGAAACGAAGAUGUUGAAGCGCUCCAGCUGCAGCAGCAUCGGCUCAUCAGGAUCAACCAGGACCUUCUACACAGGACCGGACUGAUGGAGGCUCAGGGCAAGACGCUGAUCCAGCAGAGAGCUGAGCUGGAGGCCUCUGCCCAGGCACAGCAGCAGGAGUAUGCAGCGCUGCAGCUGGAGGUCAGGAGACUGACAAAGGAGCUCCAGGAGAAGGAACUAGAAAGAGAACUUGUAGAGAUAGAAUCCCCUCUGGGAACAAGAUCUGGGAACUCUUCACCAACGUCGGCACCAAUGACGGCUGCAGAAACCAUUCUUUCUGACUCUGUCAAACCGCGUUCUGUGUGGGUGGAGUGUGGAGGGGAUCCUGGCUUCAUGGCAAAGUGCCUCGAGUGUGACAAGAGCCUCUCACUUCUGUCAACAACAGCAAACAGAAAGAAUGUGGGAGACCUUACUAAAGAAGAAAACACUGCAGCACAUGUUCUGACUCAGUCAGCUCCUGCAGAGUCUGAGGAUGAGGCAGACAAACCUCGUUUCACCUUGCAGGAGCUGCAGGAUGUCCUGCAGGAGAAGAACGAACUCAAAGCCCAGGUGUUCAUGCUCCAGGAAGAGUUGGCGUAUUACAAGAGUGAGGACUUGGAAGACGACACCAGCCCUAGUGACUCUACCACAAAUACCCCAUCACAGCUGACUUCAGCCGAUCAGCCUGAAUCAGGAAUAAGACGGCUGAUCUUCACUGCCAUAAUGCCCAUGGUGGCUGCCGGUUUAAUCACAGACGAUCCCACGUUGUUGCCAAUAAGAAGACUUGUUUCCUUUGUAUGACUUGUCUUUUAAAGGAAAUGUUCAUCUCGACACAAAGAGCUGAUUUAACAGCAGAAAUUAUUCUAAGCUAAUCCUAUGUUGUGUUCAUACUAGACAUGGGCCGAUUAGAGAAUCUUGUAUUAUAGUAAUAAUCAAGCACAAUCAGAAAUGUCAAAGAUAUUGUGAUUGCUUUUAUGUUAAACAAAAAAGUAAUAAGUUUUACUGCUGUUGUUUAAGCAAUAUAGCUGGCUGAUUUGCAGUGCGCAGUAACAUGUGCGAAAGGAGAGCAUUACAUUUUUUAUGUUCCUUACAGCUGGAGAAAACUCAAGCACUUUUUAUGCACUUUUUAUGACAUAUUAUUGAGGGAUUUAAUUCAGAAAUGAGGAAUGACAAAAAAUGUUCCUACAUUUGAAGCCAUGAGUUUUUAAAAUCUCUGGAUGCCUUGAUGUUGAUAACCAACCCCUGCCUAUUCAUUUUAUUUACAUCAGUGUGAAUUAACGGGCCUGUUUUUAUAUGUUUUACUUAUGGCCAGACUGGCAAGAGCUUUAAAUGAAUCCAAAUAGUCCAAAUACAGGACAACUGAGGAGUUCUUUGAAAAUAAUGAGAAUUUGUGAAUAGUUUUUUGGGGUUUUUUUUUUUAGUUGUUUUUAGCUUUGCAGGGUUAGGGUCUGAAUUAUGCAAAAACUGUGCCUUUACAAGUUACUUGGACAUUAAGGGAGAUUUAUGUUUUUAAAGUCAUAGUGUGUAUAUUAAUCUGUGUGAAAAGUGUUUUUACUCAGAGAAGCCACAGCCUUACUGCUUUAUUAUUAAUAAUUAUGCAACAAAUUUGCUGUGGAUAGCAUCAUGUGUCUGCUGAGCAGUACAUGUAAAAUUGUGUUACUUGUGAUUAAAGUAAUAAAAGUUUAUUUUUGC